CCCGCAGAAAAUAGGGUGUCGAAUCUGUCCUAUAACCUCCGAUAAAAUUAAUACAAUUUAUAGAUCAAAGAUGAAUCUUUUAUGAUAAUUGUGGAUUAAUUCGUGUAAAAAUCGUUCUAAGUGAUGUUGUGUGAGAUCGUUUGUGUUCUUGCGGUCACUCUGUAGCGUUUUUAAAAAUUAAACAUGGCCUCGAACCGAGGAAUUCAGAUCGGAUCCGCGUGGUUUCAACGGAAACUGAAUUUGAGGCCACAGCAUCGGGGCGUGCACCUGGUCACGGAGGAGAUCCUCAAGCAGGUGCCGGAACUCUCGCAGUUCGCGGUCGGUCUCUGCCAUAUCCAGAUAAUGCACACAUCUGCGAGCCUGGCGUUGAACGAGAGUUGGGACCCCGACGUUCGAGACGACAUGGAGAUGAUGCUCAACAAAAUAGUGCCAGAGGGUCUGCCGUAUCGCCACUCGUGCGAAGGUCCUGAUGACAUGCCAGCACAUGUGAAGGCCUGUUUCCUGGGCUCCUCCCUGACCAUUCCUAUCACAGACGGAAAACUGAAUCUGGGCACCUGGCAAGGCGUGUGGCUCUGUGAGCAUCGAAAUCACGCAGGCAGUCGGAAAGUGGUGGUGACGCUGUCGGGCUGCCCGCGCGACUCGCCGCUGUCGCCGGUGUCGGCGGCGUCGUGCUCCAGUUAGGAGCGGGGGGGGGGCGCGACCCCCCAUACGCACUCGCACUCGCGCCCCUCCUCCAAGAGCACCCGGAGGUAAACUCCGCCCGAGCACCUUUUAUAUGUCCGCACCCGACCUAGCUGGUAGUUCUUACUCUUAUCUUCGAGCGACAAUAUGUACAUAAGAUUAAUAUUUUGUACCGCUCCGUGUGGCGGCUUCGACGUACACUUUUAAAUUUUAAAACAUGCGCGGGCGACGAUCCUGCGCGAUCCUACUUGUAAUAUAGCGGUCAUAGGAAUUGAAAAUGUUUCUUUUUUUAGCUUCCGAUAUCUAUUUGAGUCGAAGCGCCACGCGAAGCACUGUGCCCUAUUGAUGUUACGUUCGGUCAGAUGUAACUGACCCCGUUGAAUUUGUACAUAAAAAUUAUGUGCGACGGUUUUAAAGUAUACAUUAAAGUAAUUGUUGUUUUGUUAUUGCGUCUUGUCGAUAUGUACAUAGAUCACGCGUGGACGGUGUGACCUCGCUUCGUAGGUUCGGUUGUUGAAAGGGUUGAUGUGGCACCUACUUCUACCAUAAAAAAUUGUAAUUAAGACAAAUAUGAGAUAAGGAAUAAUGAUUUGAAGCGAUUGACUAUUUACACACUACUGCACACUUCAAAUUUUUUCAAAGUUCACCGGGAGACACAAUAUUUUUUAACAUGACAGCACGUUAGAGGUUGUUUUGAGAGGUCGGACACUCAUUUUAUUACACCAAUUUUGUAUGUAAUCGCACUGGUUAACGGUCAGUUCGUGUAAGUUUUAAGAGCAGUAGGUUAUACUUAAUACUUUGUAUGUGUACAAUAGCUGACUUCUAUCUCCGUGUUAGGUUAGACUUAUAACGAUUAGUAUGUGAAACAUGUCCAUAGCUUUAAAUGUGUCACACCCGUUGUAUCAACGGGUCCUUCACGGGAAGACAAUGAGCUAACAUUUGGUACCACUAGGUAGUAGUUGUAUAUCAUUAUUCAUAAGGUCAUGUAAGUGCCUCGGAAUAAUGGGGUGGUUAUGUUACUUUGCAGACUGGGAUUCCAAAAUAAGAGUCGCGUUGGUCUUUUGUUGGCUUUAUAUCGACACCGAAUACUUCGUCACUCGUGAUAGACACAGCCCUUGUGGUUUCAUCAUUUCUUUUUCAGUAUAAAGUGAAAAGAAAAAACUGUAAAUGCAAUAAUUUCCUCAUUCUGGAAUGUACUACGUAAUAGAAUAAUCGAUUUUAAUUUUGCAAUAUUAAUAAAAAGCGUAUGUGUAUAGUUGUAUGUCUUCCUAAGUAAGUUCCAUCACAUAUGAUCAAGUUUAGCGUAACUGUCGGACGGAGUAAUUGGCACUCGUGCGCGGCAGUAGGGUAUGUAACAUCACCUUUAUAUCCGGCCACAUAGCUACAUAUACUUUAAAUACCUAAUGUGUAAUGAUAUUAUUGCUAUAGGGAGUUGCAAAUUGAUUCCAAUGAGCAAAGCCAUUUAAUAUAUUAAUAUUAUAAAAUGAUGGUAAAGAGUAGUGUGUCCUUUAUAUGAAUGGAGGAGAAUAGUUUCAAUACUAAUUUACAGGGUUGUAAACCUUGAUUUUUUACAGGAAAUUACUGUAUGUAUUCCAGUGGACAUUCCAUAUGUAAUAGGGUCGCGGUAGAGCUCGCUGCAGACACUGUUAAUUUGCGUAAACAGCUUUUGAUGUACCAUCAGAUCGCUUGUGUGGCACAAUUUUACACAUGACAAUUAGUUAGGAGUUAAUGAAUUAUAAAUAAUAGGAUACAGUUGACGUAAAGGCGAUGUGUGCGGACAGGGCCGGCCUCGCCCGCGACCCCACUCGCCCCCCUUUUGAUACCGCAUUGUACAAAGUGUAGAUGUCACAGACAUAAACCGUUUUGUCUCAUGGACAACCUUAGAUUUACUUCACUUAGGGAGCUUGAUGUAAUUCAUAAUCGGCCGUUUUAUAAAUCCACAAAAGUUUCCGAUUUCGGUUAUUACCUCGGUCGUUUAGAUGUAAGUAAUAUUACUUAUAUAUUAUUAUUCUGAUAUAUCUUAAAUGCGUUUAACUUUCAUAAAGCUUUUAUUGAAUCAUGAUUAGUUAUCAUCGAUGUAUACUUUGUCUAUUCACACAACGCCUAAGCUACUUUAUUUUUUUAACAUUUUUGCAUUUGUAUGUUUUUGCUUUUCAUAUUGUUAUCACUUUUUCUCUUUUGGAUAGAAUUUGGGGGAGUCGGGUAAGGGAUGGCUAUUAAGUGCUUUUUAAAACAUAAUUAAUUAAGGAUUUGUAAAUAUUUUUUGCAUUAAUAUAGUGUACAUGUACAUUUACCCAUGUACAUACAGUGAUUAAAAUAUAUAAAAAAUGUUCAAGUGCUAUUCGUGUAUGGAUGUUAGGUAUGCCACUGCCAUGGAUCAUCUGCCUCUUGUAUUAACAUUUGACAUUCCUUAUUGAAUCAUUGUUUUGAUAAAUUAAGAAGAUUAGGCAGCUGAAGUAUCCUACUAAGUAAUUAAGUUCCAAAAUGCGGCCAGCGACUGGUUCGCGUGGAGUUACUUGCAUUCUUUUGUUUUAGUUUUUAAGCAUUCAUUACUGGGACAUUUUACUUUUGUUGUACCAAUAUUUAACCUGUAGAUGUCCCAUGUUAGGCUGUUACAAUAACAACGAAUGUGUCUAGUGCUACCCUCUGCCUAUCAUAGAAUUGACUUACAUUGUACUUGUCUAAAUCUGUGUUCGAUCAUAUGCUGAUGUAUUCGAAAUAAUGUACCUAUAUGUAAGUACAUGUACCAAAGACACAAAUAGCCAAUGUAAUAAUAAGGUACGUUGUUUUGUUCUCUUUCGUAUGAUGCAUUGAGUGUUUCACAUUUUUGAAUAUAUUGCAGUAAUAAGCGUAACAAAUUCACUUAUAAGGGCACGAAUUUUUAAUCUACUUAUUUAUGUAUUUAAAGUUAUUAUUGGUACUUACUUUGUUAUUUAUAAUAUUAAUUGCACAUAGGAAAAAGAGGUUGUAAUCAGGAUUAAUAAAAUCAAAAAUGGGAGACAAAUAAUUUGUGUGUAUAUUAUUUAAGAUCAAUAUUAUUAUAUCAAAAUAUGAUUGUACAGUAAAGUUCAUUAUUCACUUUCUUAGAACCUCGUCAGAUGUAUAUUGUUGGUUUUACGCGCUCACUUGUAAGUGACAUCCGAAUAUCUGUCACAAUAAAAGUUUAAUUGUAUCAUAUACAUAACUUGUACAAUAUAAAUAUAUAGAUCCACAAUUAUGAAAGAGAUUAAAUAUUUGCAAAAGUUAA